AUGGUCCGAAACAUCGUCAUCCUCGGCGGCAAUUCGCACCCGCAACUGACGGAGAAUGUCUGCAACUUCCUCUGCAUCCCCUCGUGCGACCGCAUCCUCUCCAAGUUCUCGGGCGGCGAGAGCCGUUGCGAGAUCCAAGACUCGGUCCGCGGCAAGGAUGUCUACAUCAUCCAGACCGGCUCCGGCAGCGUCAACGACAACCUCAUCGACCUCUGCAUCAUGAUCUCGGCCUGCAAGACGGGCUCGGCGAAGCGCGUCACCGCCGUCAUCCCUCUCUUCCCCUACUCGAGGCAGCCCGAUUGGCCGUACAACAAGGCCGGCGCGCCCCUGUCCAAAUCCGCCUCGAGCGCGCCUCGGAGCGACUACACCUUCGAGAGCGUGCCGGCCACGCCUCGACCCGGCGGGCCGCGAAGCAAAGGCCUCAGCAACGGCGUCCAUAACCUCGCCGAGAGACUCACCAAGAGCUCCAUUUCGGAAUACGCCUCGGCCGGUGCCAAUGGCGCCGAGGCCUUCUCCAAGGGCCUCGACAACGCCACCCUCGGCCUCGGCCUCAACGGUCGGCUGCAACCGAUGGACGCCUCCGUCACUUCCCAGGUAAACUACACCACGCACGACUACGAGAACCCCAUGUCCAUCACCGGCUUCCAGCCCAAACCCGGGUACAAGCAGUGGGUCGCGCAGGCCGGCACCCUCGUCGCCGAUCUCCUCACGUGCGCCGGCGCCGAUCACAUCAUCACCAUGGACCUUCAUGACCCCCAGUACCAGGGCUUCUUCGACAUUCCCGUCGACAACCUCUACGGCAAGCCCAUGAUACAAAACUACAUCCAAGGCCACAUCCCCGACUACCGGGACGCCGUCGUCGUCUCCCCCGAUGCCGGAGGCGCCAAGCGUGCCACGCUCAUCGCCGACAGCCUCAACAUGGACUUUGCCCUCAUCCACAAGGAACGCCGGCCGAUCAAGUUCCAAGAGCAGCGCAACGCCAGCAUGAUGCUCGUCGGCGACAUCGCGAACCGCGUCUGCAUCCUCGUCGACGAUCUGGCCGAUACCGCCAACACCAUCACCCGCGCCGCCAAGCUCCUCAAGCGCGAGGGCGCCACCAAAGUCUACGCCCUCCUCACCCACGGUGUCUUUAGCGGAGAUGCGAUCCCUCGCCUCAACGCCUCGGCCAUUGACAAGAUUGUCGUGACCAACUCGGUUCCCCAGGACGAGCAUUGCCGACUGUGCCCCAAGCUGGAAGUUUUGGACAUCUCGCACAUCUUUGGCGAGGCCAUCCGCCGAGUUCACCACGGCGAAUCCAUCAGCAAGCUCUUCCAACACGACUGA